GAAUAACAGUCUGUUUGACGGUAGUUAGCCACUUCCUUUCUCGCGGGCGUCUUGUCCGGGAUUUACCCCCAAGACACCGGCCGCUUUUUAAACCUUUGACGCGGGUCACAUUGGCCACGGUCAUGGCAAAGUUCAACGCGCCUGUGAUCCAGGACAACCUGUCUGGAUGGGGUCCAUGUGCCGUGCCAGAGAAGUUUAAAGACAUGCCCUACCAGCCCUUCAGUAAAGGAGAUCGUCUAGGAAAGGUGGCUGACUGGACAGGAGCGACUUACCAGGACAAGAGAUACACGAACAAGUAUUCCUCUCAGUUCGGUGGUGGGAGUCAGUAUGCUUACUUCCAUGAGGAAGACGAGACCAGCUUCCAGCUGGUGGACACGGCCAGGAUGCAAAAGACGGCCUACCAGAAGAACCGCAUGAGGUUUGCUCAGAGGAACCUGCGCAGGGACAAAGACCGCAGGAAUGUGACGCAGUUCAACAUGCAGACGCUUCCUAAGAGCGCCAAGCAAAAGGAGAGGGAUCGCAUGCGCCUGCAGAAGAAGUUCCAGAAGCAGUUCGGCGUCCGUCAGAAAUGGGACCAGAAAUCCCAGGCCCAGUUGAAGCCCAGAGAUUCUUCUGUGGAGGUGCGCAGCGACUGGGAGGUAAAGGAGGAGAUGGAUUUCCCCAGACUUAUGAAGAUGCGAUACAUGGAAGUGGCCGAUCCCCUUGAUAUCGAGUGCUGCGGGGCCCUGGAGUACUACAACAAGGCUUUUGACCGCAUCACCACUCGCAACGAGAAGUCGCUGAAGAGCAUCAAGAGGAUCUUCCACACGGUCACCACCACCGACGACCCCGUCAUCCGCAAGCUGGCAAAGACUCAAGGCAAUGUGUUUGCCACUGACGCCAUUUUGGCCACGUUGAUGUGCUGCACGCGCUCCGUCAACUCCUGGGACAUCAUCGUGCAGAGAGUCGGCAAUAAGCUCUUCUUCGACAAGAGAGACAACUCUGACUUUGAUCUGCUGACUGUGAGCGAGACCGCCAACGAACCGCCGCAGGAUGAGGGAAACUCCUUCAACUCCCCCCGUAACCUUGCCAUGGAGGCCACCUACAUCAACCACAACUUCAGCCAGCAGUGCUUACGCAUGGGUGGAGAGCAGUACAAGUUCCCCAACACAAACCCGUUUGUGGAGGAGGACAUGGACAAGGGCGAGGUGGCGUCUGUCGCUUACAGGUACCGCCACUGGAAGUUGGGAGAAGACAUCGACCUGAUUGUCCGCUGUGAGCACGACGGUGUGAUGACCGGCGCCAAUGGAGAAGUGUCUUUCAUUAACGUCAAGACCCUCAACGAGUGGGAUUCUAGGUAUUGUAACGGCGUGGACUGGCGCCAGAAGCUGGACUCUCAGAGAGGAGCUGUCCUGGCCACUGAGCUGAAGAACAACAGCUACAAACUGGCCCGCUGGACCUGCUGCGCCAUGCUGGCCGGGUCUGAAUACCUCAAGCUGGGAUACGUGUCUCGCUACCACGUCAAAGACUCUGCUCGUCACGUGGUUCUGGGCACCCAACAGUUCAAGCCAAACGAGUUUGCCAGCCAGAUCAACCUGAGCAUGGAGAAUGCGUGGGGCAUCCUGCGCUGCGUCAUAGACAUCUGCCGCAAGCUGGAGGAGGGAAAGUACCUCAUCCUCAAAGACCCCAACAAGCAAGUCAUUCGGGUCUACAGCCUGCCUGACGGAACCUUCAGCUCUGAUGAAGAGGAGGAGGAAGAAGAGGAAGAAGAGGAGGAGGAGGAAGAAGAUGAGGAGAGCUAAAAUGGGGCGUUCUGGUGACCAGAUAAUGUGACACACACACACACACACACAUUCAAUAAAGAGACAAUGCGCCACAA